AUGGCCCUGCUCAGCGCUGCUGCCCUCACAGCGACGGCACGUCAUGCGCUGGCCCCAACUUCAUCAUCACGAACACUGCUGCCCAGCUCGCAGGCCUUUGUGCACCUCAAGACCUGCCGACAAUGCCUCGACUCGCGGCGAGGCCUCGCGGACAGCUUUGGCCCACGCUUCACCUCGACUUCUUCGCGGCGCAGUGGCAGCAAUGCCAAACCUCCCACACCCCCCUCGUCGGCCUCACCCUCUCGCCCCGUCGACCCGGCCAACCUGGUUCCGAAGCGCUACCGGGCAAAGGUCGAGGUGCUCCCCUUCCGCGUCGGCACGGAGGAAGCAAGGCAGUUUCUGCACGCCUUCACUGCCGGCGGCGUGCUCCAGCAUCACCGUUCCUGGUACGAGCACCUCAAGCUCCACUACGCUCUCACCAUUGGCGGAGAGACUGCGCAAGAGGUGCGCGAAAGGGUCGUCACGUUCGAAAAGAUCUCGGCCCUCUACCUGCCCAUCUGGAUGGUCAACGCUUCCGUCGAGCUCAGGUGCCGCGGCGAAAACGGCCGCGCAGAGGUCACCUUGCUCACCACCAAGAGCCGCUUCCCCGGCAACUCGUGGGGGCCCAUGACCACCAUGCCCAUGUACCCCGACUAUCCCAGCGACGCCCCCGUCAGCCCAGAUCAGCCGCAGCAGACGCUCGAUCCGGCACAGAGAAACUACCAGCUGAUGAUGGACUACGAACUUUACGACCCCGAGAAGCACCUGCAUCCCAAGGGCGUCGAGAUCGAGGGAGGUAUACCGCCUCCGCUGCCCUUCAACAUCUCGCCGCUCCACCUGCCGGAACUUCUCAGGAAGGACCUCGCGCCCGAGGACCGCACCAUCGAGGGCGAGAUCCCAAGAGAGGAUCUUGAGGAGGAGCUCGGCCGCACGGGGCGGGCGUGGAGCAACUACAAGACGGGCAACCCGAAGCUGUCUCCUGUCCACUUUGAACCGGAGACGCUCAAGACCCACAUGCUGGCGGCCUACCCGCUCCUCAUACCGAUACACCUUGCCGAAUGCUCUUUCAUCGACAAGGAGGGCGAGCGGCAAAGGGUCACGCACGCGCUGGGUGCGUGGGACAAGCAGAUGCACACCUUUGCGAGUCUGUUCCACAAGGACGGGGUCUGGCGUCGUACGGGCUCGGACCGCCACCCCUUCUCAAUCCAGACGACCGACCUGUUCCCACGCCUGCCCAUCCGCAACCCGUUCCAGCAGCAUUUCAGCAAGGAGCGAGCGGCGGCUGAGGAUGAGCGGCGCAAGAAGCGGAUCGAGUACAAGGAAAAGCUGACGGCCAAGAUGGGCGAGAUGAAGAAACAAUUCGGGCUGGGCAAAAUGAACCGCGCCGAGAUCGACGAGCUCUGGGAGGAGGCCGACAGCUUGCACAUUAAAGAGCUCAAGGACAGCAUCAAGUCGCAAGAGGCCGAGCACCUGGCCGUCGAGCUCCCCGUCGCGUGGGCCAUCACCCUGAAGGUCGAUGAGCUCCUCGAGAAGGCCAACUGGACGCCGCUGGAACGCGACGAGCGCGAGGCGUAUCAGGCGCGAACGUCGCGCGUUGAUCCUUCUAAACCGGUGCGUUCCAAGAAGGACAAGCAGCGGCUGCCCUCGACCACGCAGAUGAGGUACUCGGGGACCCCGCCCACGGAGCCAAGGCCGUACCAGUGGCUCUCGGACAAGCAGGAGCGCGAGGCCGAGCAGCAGCAUCCGGAUCGCAAGGCGGGCCUGGGCGACUUUAUCCACUGGACCUCGCCCCACGUCCAGAGGCUCACGCUCAAUGUGGCGGCCAACAAGCGUUACCUCGAGGAGGGCGUCCCCAGGGAGCUCAAGAGCCGCAGGAGUCUGGUCAAUGCCACGGCGGCCGGUGCCGACAUUGACAACCUCCUCGUAAUCAACCAGUCCGACGGGUCUACGGUCAAAGGCUCAGAUGCCGUCAAGACGCUGCGGGCGUCCGACCUCGACUGCCGGCAAUACUCCGAGCGGCUGAAGCCGCGCUGGCUCAAGGAGCUCGAGAAGAAUGGUCCUCCUGCGCCGCGCUACUAG